AUGGUCUCCAUCGUUUUAGGCAGUCAAUGGGGAGAUGAAGGGAAGGGAAAGAUCACAGACAUGCUGUCGCAGCAGGCGACGCUUUGCUGCCGUGCAGCUGGUGGCCACAAUGCCGGCCACACCAUUGUUCACGACAAUGUCACCUACGACUUCCACAUCCUGCCCUCCGGCCUCGUCUCGCCCUCAUGUAUCAACCUGAUUGGCGCCGGUACCGUCUUCCACGUCCCCAGCUUCUUCAAGGAGCUGAAGGCCAUCGAGGAGAAGGGCUUGUCUUCUGCCAGCAACCGCAUCUUCGUCUCCGACCGCGCACACGUCUGCUUUGACCUGCACUCCGUUGUUGAUGGCCUGGAGGAGGCCGGUCUGGGUGGCCGCAAGGUUGGUACCACCGGUAAGGGCAUUGGUCCCUGCUACAGUGACAAGGCUGCUCGCCGUGGUGUCCGCGUUGGCGAGAUCCUGGACGAGGAGACCUUUGAGCGCAAGCUGCGCACUUUGGACAUUGCGUACCGCGCACGUUUCGGCGACAUUGCCUACGAUGUCGAGGAGGAAAUUGCUCGCUUCAAGGAAUACCGCACCAUGCUCAAGCCCUACAUUGUUGAUCAGCUUGAGUUCCUGCAGGAGCACAAGAACUCCCCCAACACCCUAGUCGAAGGUGCUAACGCCCUGAUGCUCGACCUCGACCACGGCACAUACCCCUUCGUCACCUCCUCCUCAACGGGUCUCGGCGGUGCCGUCCAGGCUCUCGCCCUGAACCCCGCCAGCAUCAAGUCCGUCAUUGGUGUCGUCAAGGCUUACACUACCCGUGUCGGCUCCGGUCCUUUCCCCAGUGAGCAGCUUAACGAGUUCGGCGACAAGCUCCAGAGCGUUGGCCGCGAGUUCGGCGUUACUACUGGUCGUCGCCGCCGCUGCGGUUGGCUCGACCUGGUCCUGUGCCGCUACUCGCACGCCAUCAACCACUACACCGCGCUGAACCUGACCAAGCUCGAUGUUCUGGAUGACUUUGACGAGAUCAAGGUUGGUGUCGCUUACAUCCUGCCUGAUGGCAAGCGCACCACCGGUACUUUCCCCGCCGACCCCAACGUCGUCGAGAAGAUCCAGGUUGAGUACGUUACGCUUCCCGGUUGGAAGUGCAACACCAUGGGUGUCACCCGCUACGAGGACCUGCCCGCCAACGCCCGCGCCUACAUCGAGUUCAUUGAGCGUGAGAUCGGUGGUGUCCCUGUCAAGUGGAUCGGUACUGGUCCUGCCCGGGAACACAUGAUUGCCCGCGAGUAG